AUGCGCCUGUUUGUGUGGAUCGCGGUUGCGGCGCUGGUUUCGUGCGCAAGCGCGCAGAAUGCAAGCCCAACGCAAAUGUCAUCAUCCGCUGCUGCGUCGAGCAGUGGAGGAAACUCGUCGUCGGUGGCGUCCGGCAACAGCACCGCCUCGAACUCGACGAGUGCGUCGGGCAACUCGACCUCGGGACCGCCCCCUAUUACCGGUACGGUGGGUGAAAUCAAGACUGGAGGACUGGCUGGUACAGCCUCCGCGCCGAUGCCGGUCGGUACCGCGGCCGGUCCGGACGACACGCACUUUGUGAGCGCUGCGCAGCAGGUGAUGGGCAGCGUCGCGUUCCCCCUUGCCGCUGCGGCCCGGGGAUGCUCGAGCAAGUGCGCCGGUGCAUUCGUGCGCACUGCCUCGUAG